CGCUCGGAACAUGACAGACAGUUCGUGACCUAGUUGCAUGGAGGAAGGAGAAAAGUAACAGAGCUCGCGGUGAAUGCGCGGUAUUGCGCUUUAUCAUGUCCUGCAACUUUGAAGAUACCGCCGACCUGAACGCACAAUCACGACGGAACAAUCUCGAUUUUUGAGCUGGUGACGGAAAUCCGAAAAAUGCCACACAAUGUGUCAUAACAUCACACGCACCCACGUCUGUCAGAUCUCUCGAUGAAACGGGCAUACGUAUAUAUGUAUACACGCACACAUUCACAUAUACGCGGGAAUCCCUGAAUGUACGCUACUUUGUUUGGAAGAAAGAAGUGCCGGUGUAAAUAAAAAUUUCCAUUUAUCGUAAAAGACCUUUUUUUACUGAUAAAGCUUGAUAGAUAUGGAAUCGUUUCUACAACUUUUUGAUCCACAAAAUGAUAAGGAUUUAAGAAAGAGGCGGUGGGAUGAUUCUGAGAAUGAAGGAAAUGGAUUGUCGGACUGUGAUACUUCUAGUGCCGACGAGGAUCAAGAGGACCGACUGCCACCAGAGCCAGAACAAGGAAACAUAGAGUACAAAUUAAAAUUGAUUAAUCCAUCUAGUCAACGUUUUGAACAUCUUGUCACGCAGAUGAAAUGGAGGCUAAGAGAGGGACAUGGAGAAGCGAUUUAUCAAAUUGGAGUGGAAGACAAUGGGAGACUAGCAGGCUUAACAAAAGAGGAAAUGAAAACAUCCUUAAAAACACUGAAGGACAUGGCUUCUAGACUGGGUGCUACUAUAAGAGUAUUACGCGAGCGAAUAGCCACAAGUUCCGCAAGCAAGACCUUGUCGUCGCAAAAUAAUAAUAACAAGGAGGAAAAGAAAGUUGCUGAGGUGUUGGUAAAAAAAUUGCGAAAGGAUGACAGAGAGGAUCAGGACAGUAUCGUAGACUUGAGAUUGGCAGUCACUGGUGCGCAGGAUGCUGGAAAAUCGACUCUCUUAGGGGUACUGACGCAGGGUGAGUUGGACAAUGGUAGAGGAAGAGCGAGGCUCAACAUGCUACGUCAUCUGCACGAGAUAAAGACUGGUCGUACAUCUUCGAUAUCGCACGAGAUUAUCGGAUUCGAUAGCGCGGGUCACGUCUUGAACUAUGCUGAAAUGGCGACGGCCGAAGAGAUAUGCGAGCACGCGUCGAAAGUCGUUACAUUUAUCGACUUAGCUGGACAUCGAAAGUAUUUGAGGACGACGGUGCUUGGACUGACAGGCUAUUCGCCGCACCAUGUUAUGCUAGUGGUAGCACCGCCUUUGAAUGAAGCGUCGCAAGAACAUAUGGCUCUCUGUUUAGCAUUAAAACUUCCGUUCUUCAUUGUCGUGAAUAAAAUCGAUUUAGGAUUUUGUGACAUGUCGGAGACUGUAACUCAACUUAAGAAUGCUAUGAUGACGCAGGGCUAUCCUAAGCAAUUAGUAUUGUUUAGCAAUAACGAUAUACCAUCAUGGGACUACACGUCUGACGUGAUACCAGUAUUUAGUGUCAGUUGUGUUACCGGUGAGGGUCUGGAGGACUUGACCAUGUUUAUCAAAAAUUUGUCACCUUACGAGACGAAUGCGAUCGACUCAGACCCGGAAUCGUGUCUAUUUCAAAUCGAUGAGACGUUUAGGGUGGCAGGUUUGGCACAACCAGUUUUAGGAGGCUUACUUGUUAAGGGAGCUAUCGCGCCGGGAACUCGUUUAUUGGUAGGACCUUUGCCGGAUGGAGAAUUUAGUCCAGUCAAAGUAGUUAGUCUACAUCGUAACAAAGCCCCGUGUUGUUUAGUUAGAGCGUCACAAAGCGCCAGUCUGACUCUAGCACCACCGACAAAUCGUAGCCCUCCCCUACCACAUCUUCGUCCGGGGAUGGUCUUGGUCUCUAUACGCGAUCGACCACAUGCAACACUUUUCUUUCAGGCGACCGUAUUGAUAGUGUAUCACGCCACCGCGAUAUUUCCCGGAUUUCAAACAACGGUACACGUGGGUAACGUGAGACAGACUUGUGUCAUUGAAGGAAUAAUGGACGCGAAUAACAGGGGGCUGCAGACAAAUGACACUGCUUCUGUGUUAUUUAGAUUCGUCAGUCAUCCCGAGUAUCUCCACGUCGGGAUGCGACUUUUGUUCAGAGAAGGGCGUACCAAGGGGAUUGGUAAAAUCACGCAAAUCUUUCCUGUGAUUGGAUCACAGAACUCGAUGAAGUGAAGGAAAUUAUAUAACGCAAUGUAAAUUAAUAUCCGAGAUAUGCCGUUUUUCAUAGUAUUUAUGUAAAUGUAAUUUAAAGAAAAAAGAAAAAAGUGCAUAAAUGUUUUAUAAAAGUAGAAUUAUAUUGCUGAUAUUAUUGGCAGUGUUCUAAUACAGUUAUGUUUCAUCGAUGUAUACUCUGCUCAAAAUAAUUAUGGAAUUUUUAUAAAUGCCAUUAUUUCUUAGUAUAUAUGAAGUACAUGUAAUGAAUUUUAAAAAUUUCUUUUAAAUUUACACAUAUGCAUAUAUUCUUUUGUUGUCAGCAUUUAGUUUAAACAAAAUUAUUCAAAAGUAUGAUUCCUUUAUUAUUUUGAGCAGCGUAUUAACACGCUACAGAAAAAGAAUUUAAUUUUGUGUGUAUAGUCAAGAAUUUUAUUGAGUGUAUACUUAAAAAAACUUAACAAUAUGUUUCGAUGCAGGGGUAUAGUUAGAGGGAGUUUUCUGGUCCCAAAAUAUAUUGUUUUGUGCAAUAUUAACGUAAAAAGGAAAAAAUGUCAGAUAAAAAUUUAUUUUUUGUGUUAUGAGAGAAAUUAGAAAUUUCAAAAAAAGUGUAAUAAACUAUACGUUUUACAAGGGUGUGACUACAAUUUUUUGAUCUGAAGGAAAGCUUUAUGUAUUGUAUCGGAUAAAGAUUAAAUUAUCAUUGAAAUUAAUUUCUUUUAUAAAUUGCUCUGUAUAUAUUAAAAUGUCUAUAAAGUGAAAACAUGCGAAAAUGUUGUAACGCGUUUUUUUUUAAUACUAACAUUGUUUUAUUUAAUUUUGAAAUCAUGACUAAUGAAUAUUGUAAAAAGUCGAAAUCUAACAAUUCUUUUCAAGGAUCUCUUAGAUGUAAUUUUUUUCGCUAAACUAUUACUGCGCCUUUGAUAAUAGACAGUAUUGGAUAUAUGACAAUUAUUUAAUUAAAAAAGUACAAUUCUUUAUACGAUUAGAAUUGCAAAUUUACAGCAGCGUUACUUAGAAAUAUAAAAGGAAAAUUAAAAUCUAAUGAAGACAUUUUCUAUGUUCUGUAUUAACUUGGAAAUUAAAUCCGAUAAUGCGAAAA